AUGGAGUUCAAACACUGGAAUGUUCUCUCAUUUCUGAAUAGCAAUACUAAACCAUGUCUGAGCAUUGGCUCAACAUGCUUGGAGGCUGAUCCCAACUUCACAUUCCUGUGUGGGUUGGGAUUGCUCCUUCUAUUCCUGUGCUACAUGGUGGGUAUUCCAUUUCCAACUUGGAAAACCAAAACCACCCAAAAGUGUCAGGGUAGAGCCAAGAGGAGGAGAAAAGGUAGGACUCUGAAAGAUGACAGAUGGUACCAAUGGGAAGUAGAGGAGACCCGGAAGCUGAUCUCUGUUUUAAGCUUUGUACCUCCUGUCUCCUGCAGCCCCCUUGACGGCAUCAUGAUACCAUCCAUUUUCAUCAGCUGUUAUGUCCAGACCCCUCCUGUGAGGUAUGUAAUAGCACAACUGCUGAGAUCAAUCGGCUGCUGUUCCUGCAGGCUCUGGAAGAUUCUACUCCCUUGGCUUCCACAGCUCCUGUGACUUCUUCAUCAUUCACUCUCUCCCCUGACUUCUUAGCAGUCCC